AUGUCGUCGAGCAAAAGCACAGGCAGAGGCAUUCUCAAGAACCUGACGAACCGUCCCCGGAGCUCUCAGUCGCACAGAACAGACGCUCGGCAAGCAUCCCAACGAUCCAGCAGCCUGCCGAUGAAGUCCAUUCAGUGGGAAGACUUGAAGGACGAGGAAAUCGUCACGCCUGCCCAGAAGGGAUCGUCUUCGUCAAGUUGCACCGUUCAAAAAGUCAGGAGCAUGCUCGAUAUAGAUCCUACUCCCCAGAUUGCUGCACCCAGGCCUUUAUCAUACGAUGAUCUUCACAUCCCGCGGAGCGACGACGACGCCAACACAGAGCUCCGAUCAGGUUCCAGCCACCCUCAGCACCUUGCCGAAGGGAAGGGCAAGGGCAAGGCUACGGACGAAUCCAUGGGUCCGCCAAACAGUCAGAAGCUCCUCUUGCCUCUCCUCCGAAGGUUCUCCUGCUACCUCCCCGCCGCCAUCGGCGGCACCGGCGUCGCCCCCCGCCGGCAAGCUUCUGGCGGUGUUCCCCCCAUGGCGGCGGCUCCCUCCAGCGAUCUUAGGAACAUUGUUCGCCGCAAGCUGACGGGCUAUGUCGGCUUCGCUAACCUGCCUAACCAAUGGCACCGCAAGAGUGUCCGCAAGGGAUUCAACUUCAACGUGAUGGUUGUCGGUGAAUCCGGCCUCGGAAAGUCCACUCUGGUCAACACCCUCUUCAACACCUCUCUGUACCCUCCCAAGGAGCGCAAGGGCCCUAGCCUCGACAUCAUCCCGAAGACUGUCACUAUCCAGUCCAUCAGUGCUGAUAUCGAGGAGGCCGGUGUUCGCCUUCGUCUGACCGUCGUUGACACCCCUGGAUUCGGCGACUUUGUCAACAACGACGAGUCGUGGCGCCCGAUCGUCGACAACAUUGAGCAGCGCUAUGACGCAUACCUCGAUGCUGAGAACAAGGUCAACCGCAUGAACAUUGUCGACAACCGCAUCCACGCCUGUGUCUUCUUCAUUCAGCCUACCGGCCACUCUCUGAAGCCCCUCGACAUCGAGGUCAUGCGCCGCCUUCACACCAAGGUCAACCUGAUUCCCGUCAUUGCCAAGGCCGACACUCUUACCGACGAGGAGAUUGCAAACUUCAAGUCUAGAAUUCUGUCCGACAUUAAGUACCACGGCAUUCAGAUCUUCGAGGGCCCUCGCUACGAGCUCGACGAUGAGGAGACCAUUGCCGAGAACAACGAGAUCAUGUCCAAGGUCCCGUUCGCUGUCGUGGGUGCUACCAACGAGAUCACCAACGCGGAUGGACGCAAGGUUCGCGGACGUAGCUACCCCUGGGGUGUCAUCGAGGUCGACAACGAGGAGCACUGCGAUUUCGUCAAGCUCCGCCAAAUGCUCAUCCGCACUCACAUGGAGGAGCUCAAGGAGCACACCAACAACAGCCUGUACGAGAACUACCGUACCGACAAGCUCAUCGGCAUGGGCGUGUCCCAAGACCCCAGCGUGUUCAAGGAGGUCAACCCGGCCGUCAAGCAGGAGGAGGAGCGUGCCCUGCACGAGCAGAAGCUCGCCAAGAUGGAGGCCGAGAUGAAGAUGGUCUUCCAGCAAAAGGUCGCAGAGAAGGAGAGCAAGCUCAAGCAGAGCGAAGAAGAGCUCUACUCUCGCCACAGAGAGAUGAAGGAGCAACUCGAGCGCCAACGCAUGGAGCUUGAGGAGAAGAAGCAAAGAGUCGAGAGCGGUCGGCCCAUCGAGAAGGAAGGCAAGCGGAAGGGCUUCUCGCUUCGCUAA